ACACACAUUUUUGACAAAUUGCUGCGUUUGAGUGUUCUAGCGAAAACGACAUUCACUGUCGCUGGCCUUCCAUUUUAGUUCUUUCAAAAAUUGUUUUAAUAAAAUCAUUGUUGUUAUGCGUGAGAACCAAUAGCAUUCAAUUUCGUCUGCGAGUUGGGGUCAUGGAUGUCUGACUGAUAUGAUCACAUACUUUCUGUCAGGGUCCUGAGAGGGAUCUUGGUUCUAUUGGGCGUUCAAAUUAAUAAUCCCAGCUUUGUUUUGUUAUAAUCAGGGAAGAGAAAACCUCUUAUUUAAAUGUUAACUGCCAAAUGGUUCCUACCAAAUGUCUGUGACUGCUUCCAUAUUUAAGAGCUUCUGCUUUGAUCCUCUGCCUCAAUGCAUGAGUGAUUUGGGGUUCUGUCUGUUGUAACCUUUUGACUUUGUAGACAUGAAAGCAAGGAAAGGAAAACGCUCGGAGGCCUUUUGGCCUUCCCUCGUGAUGAAGAAAUGGUUAAAUAUAAAGCCGAAGGUGUACGAUUUCAGUGAAGAUGAAGUGGAAACUGAAACCGAGAGUGAGGACGACGCUUACUCUGCCAAAGGACCAAGAGUGCGCAUGCGUGAAGACAAUUCGCAUAGAAUGCAAAAGAUCCAAUCAGAAUUCUCAUGUCAAACAUCAGGCAAUACUUCAUUUCCUCCCGACGAUAUGCCUUCUAAGGGUUACAAGACAAGACACAGAAGAGGAAAAUCAGAAACUCUGCGUGUUCAGUAUAUUGAUACGAAGGAGAUAAGGGUAACCGUUGGAACUUGGAAUGUUGCUGGAAGAGUUCCCAGUGAAGAUCUUGAGAUCGAUGAUUGGCUUUGUACCGAUGAUCCUGCAGAUAUGUACAUUAUUGGUUUCCAAGAAGUAGUCCCUUUGAAUGCUGGCAAUGUACUGGGAGCAGAGGAUAAUACACCUAUCCCAAAGUGGGAGGCAAUCAUUCGAAGAACUCUGAACAAAUCUUCUCAAACUGAAUGCAAAAUCAAAAGCUACAGUGCCCCUCCUUCUCCAGUAUUGAGGACUUCCUCAGCAGCUGAUGUUCUAGCAGACAAUAUAGAUGCUAAUCCAUUAGAUAUGAUGGGUGAGAAGUUUGUAGAAACCCUAAAAAAUAAUGAGUUGGAAUACCAGGAAGUGAAGAAGGCCAUUGAUAUAGGAAAGAAUUUACACUUGAGAAGAAUAUAUGGCAUUGAUCUUCAGACUAGCCUUGACUGGCCUGAACGCCCAUUAGAUGCAUUCCCUCAAGCUGUCGAUUCCAAUUCAAAAUUGCGGAGAGUACUAAGCAGCUCAGCUAGAAUUGGCUUUAAUUGGACGGAAAAUGCUUUAAGAUAUGGCGAAGGGAUGAAGCGUUCUCACCACAGUCAUGGGAACCUAGGCUUGAUCUGGAAAGAGGAGAAAGUGAUGCCAAGAGAAGUAAUUGAUUCCCACUCUGAUGUAUCUGACAUAUCUGACGAGGAAGAUGAUACUCUCUUUGAGUUACCAAAGAACCAAGAGGAUGAUGGAUUGGGCACUGUGAAAUCACGUCCGAGAUAUGUUCGAAUCGUCAGCAAGCAGAUGGUAGGGAUAUAUGUAUCAGUUUGGGUGCAAAGGAAGUUGAGAAGGCGCAUUAAUAAUUUGAAAGUUUCUCCCGUUGGAGUUGGUCUAAUGGGCUACAUGGGAAACAAGGGGUCUGUUUCAGUAAGUAUGUCUCUCUUUCAAACACGUCUGUGCUUUGUCUGUUCCCAUCUGACUUCUGGUCAAAAGGACGGAGCUGAACAUAGGCGAAACUCUGAUGUCAAUGAAAUUCUACGACGCACCUGCUUCUCAUCUGUCUUUGAUACUGAUCAACCACGAACAAUCCCAUCUCAUGAUCAGAUUUUCUGGUUUGGGGAUUUGAAUUAUCGAAUCAGUAUGUUGGACAGUGAUGCAAGGAAACUGGUGGCUCUGAAGAAGUGGGAUGAACUGAUGAAUAAUGAUCAGCUAAGCAAAGAACUGCGUCUUGGGCAUGUAUUUGAUGGAUGGAAAGAGGGGUUGAUAAACUUCCCUCCAACUUACAAGUACGAAAUUAACUCUGACAGAUAUGUUGGUGAGAACCCAAAAGAAGGAGAAAAGAGGAGAUCUCCUGCAUGGUGCGAUCGAAUAUUGUGGCUAGGAAGAGGAAUAAAGCAACUUUCAUAUGAUCGUGCAGACAUAAGGAUAUCAGAUCAUCGACCAGUUCGUUCAAUAUUCUCUCUAGAAGUUGAAAUAUUUGACCAUCGCAAGCUUCAAAGAGCUCUAAAUGUCAACAGUGCAGCAGUACAUCCUGAAGUCUUCCUUCAUGAAGAAGGGGAAUUGAUGCAUUAAAGAAGCAUCGUUUUUGGGAGUUUCUGCAUACUUUGGAUAUCAAGCAUUUUGAGAGGUUGAUAAACAGAGAAGUCAUUGAGAUAGUUAUAACAAACAAAUGUACAGGGUAUACAUAGGAUGACAUGAACUUUCUUUUCUUUGUUUCGUUGUUCCUUGGUAGACAACGAUUAUGUUUUUGAUCUAAUCAGUUGUGUAUCCCAUUAAUUCCUGUUUUGCCCUUUGACCAUGAACUUCAGAGUGUAGUCUGCCUUCUGUAAAUUAGACACUUUUUAAAUAAACUAACACUUUCACUUCAA